CUCGUCUGGGGAAAGGCUUAGAUUUAGGAUUUUCUGUAGAGCCCCUGAAGUUCUCAUCGGGUCCAGGUUUUGUUUCUCCUCUUGAAGGCUGCAGAUAUUCCCAGAAUUCCCUCUGAUCUCUUAUCAUGGCGUCCACGUCCGUCACCACGCUGGGAGGAGUUGUGGUCGUGACUCAAGUUAUUCCCAAGAAUGAAAAUUCCAUCCCGCUCCAGAGUCCUGAUGACGUCCCCCUACAGGUCCCGCCUCCUGUGACAGACGCCCCGCCCUCCCCACCCAAGGUGGACGACAUGACUGCCGCCUUUCUGCGGGGGCAGCCACACGGCCUUGGGGCUGUUCAGAUCAUGAUCGGUUUGCUGGGAGCUCUGUUCAGUCUGACCGCCGUCUACUCUUGGUUCCUGAUGAUGUACGCUCCGUUCGGCCUCGCCGUCGCUUUCGUGGUUUCAGGUUCUCUGACUCUGGCUGCAGGGAGACGGACUUCACUCAGACUGGUCUGGGCGUCUCUGGCGUCCAAUGUCCUCAGCGUCCUGUUGGGUCUGGCCUGUGUGUCCUACAUGUGUUGGCUCUUUGUUGUCGUCCAUCCCUCAGACCUGUUGUGUGACGUCCCCGUUAACAUCAGCGUGGAAACAUCUAGAAGGAGGAACAACUGCUACGAGCACACCUGGGUGAUGGAUAGAAUCCUCUACGGACUCCAGGGCCUCCUCCUGGUUCUCCUCGUCCUGCAGGUGUGCGUCUCCGUCACCGUCUCCGUCUUCUCUGUGAAAGCCGUCAGACGUCAACGUAGCCACGUCUCCAUGGUGGAGGAUGAUGACUGCAGUUCUCUGCUGCCGGAGGAGGAGUAGGAGGAGUAGGAGGAGGAGGAGGAGCAGGAGGAGGAGCAGGAGGAGGAGCAGGACCUCCAUCCGGCCCCAGCCUCUGGAGGCCACUACAAAUACUUUUAAAGCACUAUUCCACUCUUUAUUGUCUGUGACGCUCUGGUCCUGGUUCGUUUAUUUCUGCAGAAAUCAGAAGGAAACAUGUUGGUUUAGUUUUAGACGACCAGAGUAAAGGAUGAUGAUGUUUCUGCUCGUUUGUUUGCAAAGAAACAAUAAAAAUCACACUUUUUGUACACUGA